CCGUAAUCCCCCUUUGCAAUUGUUGCAUGCUUGUACGAGUGAGAUUAUAAGUUAGUAAUUUCUUGUAAGUAUGUGGUGUUGAUGUAAGAUUUGACAUCUCUCUGUGUUCUUUUCUUAGAUAUGUAUUGUACAAUUUAUUGUCUGAGUAAUAUACUGUCCUCUGUAUAAUUUGCGUUGGAUAAAAAAUUUAUAUAUAGUUCCACUCACUGAUGUCAUCUGAUUUUUUAGUGCUAUUAUUGUUUCAUAGAUGGACCAAAGAACAUUAUGCUUACAGUAUUACAUGCAUUAUUAUCACAACUACACGUGGAGGAGAAAAUUGCUUGCUGCCAUUAUUGUGUGUUUAGGGAUGUACUGGUACAAGAUUAAUGUCCGAAAAAGGAAGAGAAAAUCUAUAACUUAUGCUCCCAUGUUCGAACGAGAUGUUGAAAGGAUGUCACGCCUGAACCGGAUGUAUUAUGGAACCGAGGCUAAUUGCAUAAGUGAGUUGCGCAUGCGGAAAUUUGUUUUUCACAAAUUGUGUGCCAACCUGAGACAUCGUGGUCUACUGGUAGACACAUUCCAUGUAACUCUGGAGGAGCAAGUUGCCAUGUUCAUCCAUGUUGUGGGUCAUAACUGGAAAAAUAGAUCGAUUGGUUUCGAGUUUUAUCAAUCGGGCGAGACUGUUAGUAGGUACUUCAAUGCUGUUUUAGAUGCCCUGUGUCUCCUUGCUCGUGAUGUCAUAUGCAUCAGAACCAUCGAAACACAUUCGAAGAUAACAAGUAGCUCCAGAUUUCACCCUUACUUUGAGGGAUGCAUAGGAGCUCUGGAUGGUACUCAUAUACCGGCAUGUGUGCCAAUCCACAUGCAAGAUAGGUUUAGGGGUAGAAAGUCCUUUCCCACACAAAAUGUGCUAGCAGCCGUUGAUUUUGACCUAAGAUUUACAUAUGUUCUUGCUGGAUGGGAGGGAUCGGCUCAUGAUUCUUAUGUGCUCCAAGAUGCCCUAUCACGUCCCAAUGGCCUUAAAAUACCAGAAGAUGGGAUUCUAACCCAUGGCUUCAAACUGAAACUUUCUUUAGUUCUUAGCUAAUGUGUUAGCAUCAUCAUGAUGUAGGUAAAUAUUUCCUAGCGGAUGCGGGAUAUGCUGCAAGACCCGGUAUACUACCCCCAUAUCGUGGUGUCCGAUAUCACCUAAAGGAAUAUAGGGGAAGUAGAGAGCCUGAGAACCCAAGGGAGUUAUUCAACCAUCGCCAUUCCUCACUUAGAACAACCCUCGAAAGAGCAUUUGGUACCUUGAAGAAUCGAUUUAAAAUAUUUGCAAGUCAGCCAUUCUUCCCUCUAAAAACACAAGUAAAAAUUGUGUUUGCUUGUUGUGCGCUCCAUAACUGGAUCCUAGAUGAUGGUCCUGAUGAGUAUGUCUAUGAUGAUGCUACUUGGUACUCGGCCCUUCCACGGAGUAGACGACACCGUCGUGACGUUUACCAGGAGAGCCAGGCAUGGGCACACAAAAGGGAUGUACUAGCUCAAAAAAUGUGGGAUGAUAAUUUAGCAGCUCAAGAUCAAGAUGAUUAAGAAGUUAGUAUGUAAGGCUGAUGUUGAUGGGUUUUAUUUUAGGUUCCAUUCAGUCUGUUUGAAACUAGAGUUCUGCCGUAUUUCUAUGUAUCAAACAUGAGUGCUAUUUUGUUACAUUUGGUCAUUAUGUAUGUGAUUCAUGUGAAACUAUGUUGGUUGUACCUCUGUAAACUUAUAUCACUUAUUUUAUCUUUAGUAAAUUGUUGGUUGUUUCAUGUUUAUUUGCCUCACCUAUUAUCUUUUA